UGCCGUGUUUACGAAUGCGCACAAAAGCAAACGGGACAACCGGUGCGAGCGGGAACGCAACACCAACAAUGCGACAGCGGUGGUCUCGCUCGCACUGAUAAAUGUAAACUGAUACCGACCGUGCGACGUCUGGCCAUGGCAAGGCGCAGGUUUGCCUUUUCGCUACGAACGCAACAAAUUUUCACCCACAAAUUGUCACCGUGCACCGUACGUAGUAGUAGUGUGUGAAAUAGGGAAGCAGAAAGGAUAAACACACCCACACUUAAGGUUGGGCAAAGUCCUUGUUUUCCGUGGUGCAAAGAAAGGAUAAGGAUAACAGGGAAGGCUAAAAGCACCGACACGAUGGAAGGCAUACUGGUGUUUGACCAGACGAACGAUUUAAUCUACCACAACUUCAACGAAGCGAUGCGGGAAAAAAUGUCCAAGCAGGCGUACGAUUUGGGCCUGCUGGAUGAGGAAUCGGUGUGUCCAACGCAGGAGCUGAACUCGAACGUGCUGAUACAAAUCUUCAGCCCGCUGCUGGCCUCGCAGCGGAUCAUGAUGUGCCAGUUCGACAACGCGUACACCGCGAUCCAGAUGGAGAACAACCUGAACGUCGUGUUUGACGAGUUUUUAGGGUAUAUUUUCCUCGAGAUCAGCACCAAAGAAGUCGAUCUGGUGAAGCGCGAGCUGGGAGCGUUCAUUGCCUUCAUUAAGUACAUCUGUGGACCAAACAUUUUCACAAUUAAAAACGAUACAACAAAGGCGGAACACCUAACCGAGCUUAUCCUCACCUACCGGGAGCUGUACGCCAUCAACCAGGGCGUGCUGAUGGAAGCGAUCGAGCAGCUGCUGGUGAACGUGGACGUGAAGAGUACGGUGGUGAACGCACUGCAGGCAGCCACCGACCGGUUAAAGCAGGACCCACACUCCCAGCGCUCCCAUUCGCUGCUCUUCGUCGGCAGCAAGUUUCUCGCCCGGUACAGCACGCGCCAGGCGCAGGAGUUGGCCGCCGUCGACAUGUUCUUCCUUAGCCUGCUCUGCCAGAUGUACAAUCGGCGCAGUGCCACCCAUCGGCAGCGCAUUGAGUCGCGCAUCGUGUUCCUGCAGGGCAGCGUGCACCAGUCGUACGCCGGCUGCGUACCGCACAUCGUGCACGUGGUGCAGCUGUUCGAGCACGUGUCGCUGGUGCUGGUGAUCGAGCAUGCUCACACCGCACUGGCCAGCCACCUGUACGAUGUGUACUUUGCGCUGCACAAGCUGCAGAACCUGCAGAGCCAGUUCGAUCUGGACAAUUUGCGCGGUGCGUUCGAGGCGCUCGAAACGUACGCGAAGCACACGCAGGAUGCGCUGCGCAAGGUGAAGGCGCACAAUGCCGAGGUGGACGAGUGCAUUCGCACGUUCGGCGUGCGGUGGGACACGUUGCGCAAGAAGUACGCAGAUUACUUUAAAGCAUCGGACAACGCGCUGAUCGUGAAGAUUGAGUCGAACAUGCCGAUGUUUGUGGAGUCGGUGAAGGAGCUGUUCCGGUUGCUGUGCGCCAGCUGUGCCACGCUCGAGCAUGGGUUGCAGCGCGUGAGCGACAUUGCGGACGUGGCGGAGGCAAGCCUGAAGGAGGUGUUCGUGUUCCUGCACGCCAAAUCGCAGAAAAACUUUACCAUGGGAUCAUACAUGGAGGAGUUCCCGGGCAUGGUACACUUCAUGCAUAUAGAUCGGUACAAUGGCCGAAUCGUUGCCCCAUCACUCGAUGAUCACGACCCGUCGGACAUUCUGAAGGACAGGAUAUGGUCGAUGGUCGACUUUUCGCGCACCUAUCUGGACAAGGGUUACAUGUCAAUGAUCUGGAAAGAUGUGACGUUCAGCUACGCGUACUUCCUCUGGUUCGAGGACGAGCACGGUGCGACCUUGAAGCCGAACGAACCGGCGACCCAUGGGGCGGUACUGCCGGCCACGAAACCGUCGCUGACUGCCGGCAUCUUGGCCGGUGAUUACUAUCAGCGCCUUAUCGAAAGCUGCUUCCCAAGGACACCGUCGAGCAAGGUCCGCUGUUACGAGCUGUUUCUCGUGCACCUAGGGCUCGUCACUUCAACGAUCGUGUUGGAGCACUGUCGCCGGCUAGCCGUUACCAUUACCGAUCUGACGGGAUGCAUUGGGAAUCCGAUCGAUCUACUUUAAGGGCGUACGUUCCAGCAGAUUAGCAUAACGCUACGUCAUAUGGAGAACAUUCCAACCUUCAUUCGCCGGCUGCAUCGGUCUGCAUCCAGCAACGGCACAGUGCAAUGUUUAUUUAUUAGAAAAGUGCCGCCGAGUGCGGCCAUGCAUACCAGAUGGCUGCUACUACUACCAUUACUGCUACCACUACCACUACUACUAUCGCUAACUAAACUUUAUCACCACCUUGAGACGACCACCAGAAGCACAUUUACAUACAUAUUUAUCAAAAUUGAUCGUAUCUUUAGUACACACAGACACGGCCAGGGCACGGUCGGCUCACACUUUCUGUGGCAAUUCUUCUUUAGAUGGCGUCGUGCAAUGAUCAAGGCCUCACCAUCAUCAUCAUCUUUAUGCAGUGUAUCAAUGGCUCCACCGAAAUCAACGUACUAGGUACAAUCUUCGUUUGCAUCGUAUCUUUCCACCAUCCCACCCCGUUCUUAUCCCUCAAAAAGGUUCCUUAGAAAGUAGAGGUUUGAUUGAAAGAUUUGCAUUCGAAAGCAAUAUACACACAGUGUGUCCCCGGAUGUAGAGGGAUAACAAAGUU